CAAUUAUUUAGACAUGGUUAUUUCAUUUUUCUAAAUUGUAGACAUGGAUGGCAUCGUGGCCCUGAAAUACCGGCCUUUCAGUGCCGAUAAGGAGUUUACAAACUUACAGAGACAAGGCUCUGACGUUUUUGAGGUCGUCGUUAAGCCGGUGUCCUCUCCGAAUCGUCUGAAGAUUUAUGUCAUUGUUGGAACUGUUGUCGUAAUCAUAGGUAUUAUUGCAGCAGUAGUGGUCGCCACAACGCUGAGCGCAACGAAUGCGGCUGCAGUAAACAAACAGAAUCCACAACUACAAGGCACAGGUAAUGAUCUUCCCAGCUCUACCACUACAAACGAUGGUCGAGUGGAAACUACAGCUGACCCUACGGCAACAUCACAGACAAGUAGACAAACAAGUGUGUACGGAGUAUGGACAACAUGGGCGGGUUGGACAGCUUGUGAUGUCACGUGUGGCGGUGGUACUCGAUCAAGGACAAGAGUUUGUCAAAAGGCAUCAUCUUCAGAUCUUGAUUGUAUAGGAAGCUCGUCAGAGUCUCAGACUUGUAGCACAUGGCGUUGCCCAGUGUACGGAGUAUGGACAACAUGGGCGGGUUGGACAGCUUGUGAUGUCACGUGUGGCGGUGGUACUCGAUCAAGGACAAGAGUUUGUCAAAAGGCAUCAUCUUCAGAUCUUGAUUGUAUAGGAAGCUCGUCAGAGUCUCAGACUUGUAACACACGGAGUUGCCCAGUGUACGGAGUAUGGACAACAUGGGCGGGUUGGACAGCUUGUGAUGUCACGUGUGGCGGUGGUACUCGAUCAAGGACAAGAGUUUGUCAAAAGGCAUCAUCAUCAGAUCUUGAUUGUAUAGGAAGCUCGUCAGAGUCUCAGACUUGUAACACACGGAGUUGCCCAGUGUACGGAGUAUGGACAACAUGGGCGGGUUGGAGAGCUUGUGAUGUCACGUGUGGCGGUGGUACUCGAUCAAGGACAAGAGUUUGUCAAAAGGCAUCAUCUUCAGAUCUUGAUUGUAUAGGAAGCUCGUCAGAGUCUCAGACUUGUAACACACGGAGUUGCCCAGUGUACGGAGUAUGGACAACAUGGGCGGGUUGGACAGCUUGUGAUGUCACGUGUGGCGGUGGUACUCGAUCAAGAACAAGAGUUUGUCAACAGGCAUCAUCUUCAGAUCUUGAUUGUAUAGGAAGCUCGUCAGAGUCUCAGACUUGUAGCACAUGGAGUUGCCCAGGCGAUGAUCUUACCAGUUUUCCGACUACAAACGAUGGUCGAGUAGAAACUACAGCUGACCCUACGGCAAGAUCACAGACAAGUAGACAAACAAGUGUAGAACCAACAGCUGACGUCACGUCCAGAUUGGUGACAACUACACAAACUACAAAAUCUAAUUGGAUCUGGAAUAACUGGGGAGCCUGGACCUCCUGUGGAGCCACUUGUGGAACCGGAUACCACACCAGAUAUAGGACAUGUCUUCGAGCAACAAAUAGUGAUCCAAUCUGUCAGGGCGAAUAUGUGCAGACAACAACGUGUUCCUUGCCAACUUGUCCAGUGUACGGAGUAUGGACCACAUGGGCUGGUUGGAAAGCAUGUGAUGUCACGUGUGGCGGUGGUACUCGAUCGAGGACAAGAGUUUGUCAAAAGACAUCAUCUUCAGAUCUUGAUUGUGUAGGAAGCUCGUCACACUCUGAGACUUGUAACACGUGGAUUUGCCCAGAUUGUUCCCAGACCUGUACAACUGGUUCCCUAAACGCCGACUGUACGGCUUGUGAGUGUACAUCAAACACUGUACAAGGCCUUGUGCGUAACCAUGCUAACGUCCCUUUAAAAGAGGCUUCAAUCGCACAUGCGAGUGUUCCAUACAAGAGGUUAGCGACAACCAAUGAAACUGGUGGGUUUAUAUUGGAAACAACAUGUGACGCUGUAGAAAUCGUCAUUACCAGGAGUGGAUACGCUGACGUCACUGUUACAGUUACAGGAAACACUGUCAAGGUCCAGAUGUCACUCAUAGUGUAUCCAGCCAUCAGUAUGGAUCCAAGGUCACGUGUCCGUGUCCAGGGAGAAAAUGUCACGUUCUGCUGUGAAGCUUACGGAAAUCCUGCCAUCUCCAGUUACGAGUGGAUGAAGGAUGGUGUUUUAAUAGACGAUUCAAAGUACCCAGAUGGCUUUAACCUGACACUAAAUGAUGUUACUACAAGCGACAGUGGCGAGUACAAAUGUCGAGCUAACAGUCCAGUGGGGGCGGUGUACUCUUCACCUGCUCUACUGUCAGUAAAAGCAAUACAAUCGGAGUUUUGCGAGGACGCGUACGAGGAAAGGAAGAUAAGUCUGCCAUCUGACUGUGUGCAGGCUGACAGCACAACUCUGUAUGAAGUUGGAGGAUGCGCCAAAAAGACAUGUCGGGGUGACUCUAAUGAAGACGGCUUAUGUGGUCCUAGUAAAAAGUUCUGCUGCUUACCUUCGUCCGAGGAAGAACGGACCGUCCAGUGCAGUGGCUAUACCCUGAAAGUACUCAUUAUAACGGGAUGUUCCUGUGGCCAAUGUUCAUCUGGUGACAUCACGAUACAAGGACAAGCCAACGGCCUCAACAGUGGUAUCGCGUUGCGUCUUGGUACAGUCUACGUCAAUGGCUCGUCUGUUGCCAGGACAACAUUUUCCGGUUUGUUUUCGUUCACUGUACCCGCUGGCACUUUACACGUUGCGAUAACUCUUGAAGACACUUUACUUCAACACUCUACUGACAACUACAAAACUGAUAACAUUAGGCGAGUCUAUGGAAGGUAUUGUGUACCAGAAAAUAACGUUACUGGAAGCUGCAACUCCAGUAAGUAUUUCUCUAAUGUCGAAAAUACAAUUUCGAUGGGAAACAAUAGCGGUAUGCCGGCUGUAGCAGAGGUCAUUAUACCACCAAACUCAUUCGUGGACGCGUAUGGUAACCCGUACAAUGGUGUAGUGAAGGCAAGUGUCAACAUGUUUGAUCCUAGAAACUUGAGCAGUAUUUCAGUCGCGCCUGGAUCAUUUGAGUUUACUGAUGCGGAAGGUGAAACACAAAACCUCCAAACCUUUGGGGUUAUCGUAAUGGAAUUCAACGAUGAAUCAGGAAACAAGCUGAACGGUGCUGGAAAUGUGACUGUAAAUCUAGAUUCUACACUUGUUGAAAGCACGUAUUCGGGAAAUGUUAUAGAUGUGAAGCUAUGGGGUUUAAGCGAGGUGACUGGUCGAUGGGAAGAAGUGGGAUCUAUGGCCGUGGAUACAUCAAAACGGCGGAGGAGGCAAACUGCAGCGAACUACAUUGUAGGAACUCUCCCUAUCAGCGCAUACAGGGCUAUCAACUUAGACUGUUAUGCCGGGUUUCGGAGAUGUUAUUACAACAUGGUAGUCACAGAUACAAAUAAUAACCCAGUGAACGGUUACACUGUGCGAAUCAUACAUAUGACGUAUCCGGGGGAACGGUAUUCAGGCAGCACGUCCAAGUACGUCACAGCGGUCAAAGAAAUCGCGAGCAGCAGCAGAUACGCCCACCAUACAUUUUGCCGAAAGGACUCUUGGGGUUAUAUACAAGCUUAUAAAGGGGAUAUCAAAUAUAGCCCUGGCAAUUCCAGUUCAAGUGGGUUAUCAUCGUCCGCUAUUUCUCGCUUGGAUUAUCAGACAACUGCAGACCCGAUCAGCAUCAAAUCGAAGUUCUUGUUAUCAUCUGACGGCCCGUUUUAUUACUCGAGUAAUUCCCUGUCCUCACCGGCGACACAAAACCACUUUCGCUUCUAUGAACGUCAUACUUCGUUUUCAGAAUUUACACUUUUUGAUGAGGCCCCUCUUGAUGCACAUUCGAUGUCUUUGUCUGGCAAAGAUCACGGGCCAAUGUUAUGGUAUCCAUACAAAUUUGCCGAGCGAAUGGAAGACUUCAAAAUCUGCAUGAUAAAAAUUCUUGCAAUUGGACAAACAUCAGGACUUUCUUUUUCAGUUAAAAGUAAGGCUGGCAUGAAUAGCGGAAUAAAGGAUACAAUCCUCGGAGUUCGUCAGGUCGCCGUGGAGAACGGGGGAGCUUGCGUCGAAUACAAAUGUAGCGGUGUAUAUCCUUUAUUCAAAAGUAUGACGACUAAUGGACCUCGUAUGCAGAAUGAUAAAACAAAGAUCACGAUAACUCCACUAGGUAGAUUGUGCACGGUGUCAUGGGAGGGUGACAUCAAACAUUUAAAUGAAAAUUCAGGAUCAAGUAACGUAGGAAGUGUAUCCCAUGAAUGGGUUAUACCUGAAACUGAAGAGCAUGGUAUCUAUAUAUAUGAACAAAGUGGAAAAUAUCAAGAUUUCAUGGGGGGUAAGGCAAGGUCUAUUGUCCUUGACAUGUGUAAAGCAGGAAAAAAUGAUCCACCAAAUACAUUGAAUCCGCCCCUGAAUUCAGAUGGCCCUGCGCUCAGGUACACGUGUAUAUAAGCUGAACGGACUACGGUUUAACAUCUCUUAAGACAGAUAUCUAAAUAUUAAUGCAAGAAUAUACUUCAGAACUUAAGAUAAGUUUCCCCAAUAAAGGAUGCACACCUCUGGGGUGUCAACAAUGACUGUAUUAAACCUUUUUCUCAUAUAUAUAUUUUGGAAACGAAAGUUGAUGGCUUGGCAGAAAAUUUAAGAAGAAUUACAUUUCCGUUAUUUUUUCCUAUGAUUAGUCACAGAUAGCAAUUUGACAUAAUAUGUUAUUUUAAGUGAAAAUGCUGUUUUGACGUUUUACUGGACAAAACCGUACAAUAUCUUCCGUAGUGUUUUCAGAUAUGUAUGUAUGUAUGCUUGUAGAACUGACAUGGUGAACAUAUCUUUAAAUAUUGUAGUCCGCUAGUUUCAGUUUUAAAUUCAACCUAUUGUCAUUCACCCUUACACUGCUGUAAACAUUUGAAUUUACAACCAAUGUUAAUGAGAAAGGAAAGUUUUAAUGGGUAUUCUUUGACCGUAAGGUAUAAAAUAAAAUACAUUUAAGAAAAAACAUUUUCUUGCGUAUAGUAUCGCCUUUUAAAUUAAAUGCAGAUGCAACCACAUGUUUUUCAGAUAACACAUACUCUUCAUGUAGCUUUUUCUCCCAUAAUACAGAUAGCUUUUAAGAUAAUGAUUCGUUAGUUCAUUAUUAUUUCGGCACUGAAGGUCUAUAGAGUAAUGUAGUAGUCUAUUUGUUAUCAAUCUAUUCACUUCACUGGUUUGCUGUAUUACGAGAGGGUAGGAGACAAAUCAAUUGGUUAUAAUUCUAUUACAUGUUCAGUUUCAAUCCAACUGUUUAAAACAUUGUGCAUUUGCUGAAGUCAUGCCGAGUAUUCAAAUGUUAAUUUCCCUUUUUUA